CGAGUUGCCAAACUUGAGGUAGAAAAUACCAAAUUAAAACAGAUCAUAGAAGAAAUUGCUAAUCUUAGGAUCGAAAAUAGAAAGCUAAAACAAAUAAUAAACCAAAAUCGAACUACUAAUAAUGCUUCACAGUCUCCAGUUUCUCCGGCAUUAUCAGUAACUCCACAGAUGCCUAUUCCAUCAUCUAUUAAUGGUCAAUCUGACAAGGAUGAUAGCACCAACUCUGUGAAUCUAGAACAGGCACAAAUAGAAUCAGAAAAAACCGUGAAUAAAAUUCACGAUCAAAAUCUAGAUGGAUCCUUGUCAUUAUCUAAACCAUCUAUUAAUUCUGAUUCUACAGAUCCAUUCGAAUAUAAUUAUGAUCUUUCUCAGCCUGAUAAGAACCAGAUUGUAGAACAAGAUUUAAAACAAGAACUAUCUGCUUCUCCAACCUCCAGAAAAAAUAUAACUAGUAAUCAGAACUUACUGGAUGGUGAAAAUCAACAUAAUCAAGUUACGGCACAAAGCAUAGUUUGUAUGUUUCGAAAAGCAAUUCAAUCUGGCCAGGAAGAAAUUUUGCAUUGGUGUCGCUAUAUAGAAAGGUAUGAUAAAAGGGUUAAUGAGAUUACUUCCGAUGGCAAAGUUAAGAUUAAAACAGCAAAGAAUUUGGUAUACAAAGAAGUUAAACAGCUACUUCCUGAUAUUACAGAUGCGAAUCUGCUAAGUGUAUCAGCUAAUAAUAUCCCACAAGAAACUAAGAUCUCAUCCACACCUCAGGUAAGUAUACAAACUCAUGAUCGCGCUUAUUUUCGUAAUAAGAUAUUGUGGAGUUAUUCUGAUCUAUAUAAAGAAUUUAGUAGUGAAAAUUUUGAUUAUUAUGGAAUUCAUGAGGGGUCAUUAUGUCGAGUAUGCAGACAAAGUCAUGAGGAAGGACAAAGUAUAAAGGGUAGAUACAAAGCUGGAUCUUAUUUUAUUAAAUGUGGACAACAAGAAAUUGAAAUAACUGC